UGAGUAAGUGCAUGACAGCACGUGACCAGGGUGUUCUGAUAAUACACUUUGAAAGAAAUGCAGGAUAUAUCCUUUGAUUAUUGAAUAUGAUUCAAAGACUAUUUGUCAUCAUUUGUUUGCUUCCUCUAAAUCAAGCUGCGCUGCCCUUGGUGAUCAAUACUUGGCAAUUUAAGAAUGCAGCUAACGCAGCCUGGAGCACGCUGCAGAAGGGCGGCUCGGUUCUGGAUGCGGUGGAGCGGGGCUGCGCGCAGUGUGAGCUCGAGCAGUGUGAUGGGAGCGUGGGGUUCGGCGGGAGCCCGGAUGAGCGCGGAGAGACGACCCUGGACGCGAUGAUCAUGAAUGGAGACACAAUGGGAGUAGGGGCAGUGGCAGACCUACGCAGGGUCAAAAAUGCUGUGGGUGUUGCCCGAGCGGUGAUGGAACACACAGAGCACACCUUUAUAGUGGGCGAAUCAGCCACAAUCUUUGCUGAAAACAUGGGCUUCGUGUCUGAGGACUUGUCAACUAACAAAUCAAUAGCUAUUUUCUCCCAGUGGUUGCAGCAGAAUUGUCAACCCAACUAUAGAAAGAAUGUUUUUCCAGAUGCUUCCAAAUCAUGUGGGCCGUACAAGCCCAACGCCAAGCUGUGGAAGCCAAAGAAUCUGAAAGGAAAUUUUGACCCCAGUUCUCAUGACACAAUUGGAAUGAUUGCGAUUGGUAAAAACGGACAGGUGGCUGCUGCAACGUCAACCAAUGGAGCAACACAUAAGAUACCAGGCCGUGUAGGUGAUUCACCAGUGGCUGGAGCCGGGGCUUAUGCCGACAGCACAGCGGGGGGAGCCGCCGCCACAGGGGAUGGAGACAUCAUGAUGCGUUUCCUUCCUAGUUUUCUAGCUGUUGAUUUAAUGAGAAAUGGAGCCCAACCCACUGUUGCCUGUAAGACGGCCAUCUCCAGAAUCAAGAAGUACUACCCCGAUUUCUUUGGAGCAAUUAUUUGUGCCAAUACUACUGGUGGAUAUGGUGCUGCUUGUAACAAGCGUACUGGGUUUAGCCAGUUCCCCUUCAUGGUGGUUAACCCACAGACAAACCAAUCUCAGUUGCAGACGGUGGACUGCUUUUGAAUUACAAGCAUUUUGUUUUAUCUUUACAUAUUUUUAAAAGUUUGUUAAUGAAUUAUUGAUAUAUGCCUUGUGA